GGAUCCUCUGGUCUUUCACACUCUAUACGAGUAAUCAUGAGCAGCCAAGACGAACUCGCCGACGCACUCAUCCAACAACGUGGCCGCGAAGCAGAGCUUGAACUCGAAGUUCGAGGGCUCCGGCGCACAAUUGAGGUGCUGAAAAACAAGAAUGCAUCUCUCUCUAAUCCUCCAGAAGAGCACACGCAGAAGAUAGAAAUUCUCGAAGCCGCCGUAAAGGAUCUGCAACGUGAGCUGCGGAGACAGGAGUCAGAGCAUGAUGACAUUAUUGAAAGGACACUGAAUACAUUGAGAAGGGGAAGUUCUGGUAGUGUUGGCGGGAAAGAUAUCAGUGGGGAGGGUGCUGACCGAAAAUGAGACUUGAAGGUGACACGAAGACCAAAGACUUGGACCCCAGGUUCAAAAACGGGGGGCAGGAAUGUUCACCUGUCUUUGGUACCCUGUGCACCCAAAGGAUACAGUCUGUCUUGAGAUUUACUGGAGCAUCAUGCCAGCCAAGGUGAAGAUACACCAGGAUGUACUGGAGCAAAUAUUGUACUAUGCAGCUUUGAAAGCUUGUCCAUAUUUUGGCAGCCUGUAGGUACCUUAAUAACUGUCUCUACCAAG